CUCCCUGGUUUUCUGUCAAAUUUUCACAGAUUUUGGUAUAAACAAAUCAUUAAAAUCCAAUCCAACCAGCAAUGGAUCUUAAUAUGAAGCCUUCACUAGCUGCAGACGAGAUGUUUUCGGAGGGUCCCGGCUACAUGGAAAUGGAUGAGUCGGGCGGAGCUACUGGCAUGAUGAUGGAUCAUCUUCCCACCAAUGACAAACAUGUGCAUGCCGAUUUUUACAACAAUUUCGAUGAUCUGUUUGAUGAGGACAAUUGGGCCAAAGUCACGCAAACUGCCGACAAUCCCAAACAGUAGGUUAAGCACUGAAAGUUUGUACGUUGGGCACACCCAAUUGGGACAGACACAUAUGUGGGCGUAUAAUUAAAGGGAUAUGUUUUAGUUUAGUUCA